AUGGCCCUACUCCUCCCUCCUGGCCUCACCCCGGCCGAAGUGGGCUUUCUCUGCGAAAUGGAACUCGUCACGGUAAUCCCACGCCAAAGACUGGACGAAUUACAACUUCUGGGAGGCCCAACACAACCAUUGAAUCCUCCAUUUCCAACUCCGCUUCCCCUCUGGCUUGCCCUGCUCCUUAAGCGGCAGAAACGAGCCAAUAUCUCUCCACCUCCCUGGCUCAGCGUAGAAUGUCUAACCAGCAUCCUCGACUUCGAAACCGACGUUCGCACAGCAGAAGUCUUAUCACCUCCGCCCAAACUUCCACGACCCACUGGCGUGGCCUUAGAAGACGAGCCCUAUCUGUCCCACGAAUCUUCAGAACUCUCUCCUCCUUUUCUCCCAGAAUCCUCGACCAGCCAAGCGCAAAGCGAUGCUCUGCCAUACCACUGGCUGGAACUGGGCCAUCUCCUCCUCACCCACGCGGCCGAUGACUUUGACGAUGCGAAUGCCAUUCGCAGGCUGCUGAGGGAUCUCCAGGAAGUGCGGAUGAGUAAGUUGCGCAAAGGCUUUCGAGUCCUCGGCCCUGGUGCUGGGGUCAAGAUGAAUGGGGUUGGCGGCAUGGAAGUUGCAGAGAUUCGAGGGUUUUUGCUAUCUGGAAUGUCGGCAGGAACUAAUAUGAUGUGCAGGAGGAUCAACCGCCCCAACGAAGAAAACCAGAAGGAGCGCGAAGCUAAUGAAAGAGAGAAUGGCUUUGGCGGCGACGACUACCAAGAUGACGAAGAUGACAUGCAGUUAUGA